GAUUUUCUGAGAGGUGUCAGUUAGAGAGAGAGAGGAACAGAGAGAGAGUGCAGUCAGUCAGAACUCGCUGUGUAUGAGUUCAGUUCCUCUGCGCUGAUCAAGAUGAAGCUGUGUUUGAUCCUCGUCUGUGCAGCUGUUCUCCACACAGAGGCUAAAUUUCAGCACAAGGACACUAACAUAAUCCUGUGCUCUGAGACAGAGAAAGAGGACAUGUACGGACUGGAUGGAGAAGAAAUGUGGCACGCAGACUUCAUUCAGGGGAAAGGAGUGAUGACAAUGCCAGACUUCGCAGAUCCUUCCUCCUAUGUAGAAGGAGCCUAUGAGAGCGCUGUUGCUAAUACGGAAGUCUGUAAACAAAACUUGGCUCUUUAUGUAGAAGUUACCAAGAGCCCCGCAGAACCGAAAGUUGCUCCUCAAACUUCCAUCUACUCAAAGUCUGAUGUGGAGCUGGGCGCUAGAAACACCCUCAUCUGUCACAUCACUGGCUUCUACCCUCCUCGUGUUGGAGUGCAGUGGACCAGGAAUGAUGUGAAGGUGACGGAUGAAGCUUCUCUCAGCAGAUAUUACGUCACUGAUGAUGGAACCUUCAACCUGAUCUCCACUCUGAGCUUCACUCCAGAGCAGGGCGACAUCUACACCUGCACUGUGGAGCACGUGGCCCUGACCAGACCACUGACCAAAACAUGGGAUGUGCAGGUGGCUCUGCCCAGUGUGGGUCCAGCUGUGUACUGUGGAGUGGGUCUGGCUGCUGGACUGCUGGGAGUCGCUGCUGGAACUUUCUUCCUGGUCAAAGGAAACAACUGUAACUGAGAGUCUGACUGUAAACACCACAGAAAUCACCGCGUCUCUGUGCUCUAACUUUGUGGCCUACUGUAAUCAAGCCUUUGCUACUCCUCUUAACCUCUGUGCAGUAAAACAUGGUCAUUCUGAUAAACUGUUAUUUUCCCUCAACACUGUGUUCAGAUGUUCUGAAGACCUGGAAUGAUUUAGUUCACCAAAGUAAAUAAAGAGUAAUGGAGUAACUCCACGACUAAUCUGACUGUUUAACAGCUGUUUUUCUCUGUAAGCUUAUUGUAAUGAAAUCUGCAGUUAAAUGAAAUGUACAGAAAACAAACUUUACAGAUCAAAUGUUACAAUAAGAAACACAAAUGUGAAAUAAAAGUAAAUCAUGAUUAAAGGGCUGUUUUAACUGCA